AUGAUCACCGACGACGCGUACGGACGAUGGAAGUCGUUGGUCCCGUUCGUGUACGACUGGUUCGCGCACACGCGGACGUCGUGGCCGUCGCUGUGCGCGCGCUGGGGCGAGGUGCUCGACGCGAACGACCAUCGCUCGCGACAGCGCGUCUAUCUCACCGAACAGACCGAAGGGACGACGGCGAGCGGGAAGCCGACGCCGAACACGAUAUUGGUGUGCCAGGCGGAGGUGGUGCGACCGCGCGUGGCGGCGGCGGAGCACAUGAUUUUCGAUGAACACGCAAAGUCGCCAAUUUUAAAGAAGGAAAAGGCGCUGUGGCACCCGGGAGAGGUGAAUCGAAUGCGGUGCGUGCCGGGGAAAGAAAACGUGCUGUUGACGCACACGGAUGCGCCGGAGGUGUUCGUGUUCGACGCGAACGGGCCGGGAGGGAAGCAGAGCGCGUGUAAGAGAGCAGACGGGACGCAGUACACGCCGCCGACGGCGUGCUUGCGAGGACACACGGAAAACGCGGAAUACGCGCUGGCGGUGUCGACGGUGGGAGAGGUGGUGGCGAGUGGAGGUAAGGAUGAAAAGGUGAUGAUUUGGGAGCUCGGAGAUGCGAGCACGGGGGGCGGGGCGAGAGGAAAGGAGGAGAAGGAGGGAAGCGGCGCGCCCGUGGUGGGCGGCGGGUUGAGCUCGACGGAACUCGCGAGACACACGUCUAUUUGGGCGCGCGUCGAGUUUUCGGGGCACACCGAUACGAUCGAGGAUGUGUGCUUUAACCCACGGAACGAGCGGGAGCUGUGCUCGGUCGGGGAUGAUCGGAAUAUGUUUUUUUGGGACACGCGAACGAAGAAGGCGGCGGGGUUCGCGAAGGGGGCGCACGCGGACGACGUGCACUGCGUCGCGUGGAGCGCGUUCGAAGAGCACGUCAUCGUUACUGGUGGAAAAGACACCACCGUUAAGGUUUGGGAUCGUCGAACGCUGUCCGAUAGCUCGAACGAGGCAAUGCACACGUUCGACGACCACACCGACAGUGUUUUGUGCGUGGACAUGCACCCGCAGGCAAAGGGGGUUUUCAUGACAGCCGACGAAGUAGGCCGCGUGAACGUGUUUGAUUACUCGAAAGUCGGCGCUGAACAGAGUGCGGAACAAGCAAAAGCUGGUCCGGCGCACUUGGUCUUUCAGCACAGCGGCCAUCGUGGGACGGUUUGGGAUAUUCAGUGGAACCCUUACGACUCCUGGACCGCGUGCUCGACCUCGGUCGGGGACUUUCAGAAUACUUUGCAACUCUGGCGCGUGAACGAUUUGAUCUAUCGCGACGAAGAGGAGUGCAUUCGUGAGCUCGAACAACAUCGGGAUAUCAUAUGUGGUCGCGCGGCGCUGAAACAGUCAGAGCCGUCGGUGAAGGAGGAAAAAACGGACGCCGACACCGACGGCGGCUCUAUUAUCAUCGAAGACGACCGCGUGGACGAAGACUAG